UCCAGGUAUGAGCUAACUGUCUGGAAGUCACGAAGUUUCAGAGAAAACGUUAGACGAAGAAUAGCUAGAAAGUCUACCGAUUCCCAUACAAUUAUGUUGUAAAAUACUCAUAACUUGUUUAACGGUAUGCGGAAAGUUGAAGUUCAACUUGGAACUUGUACUUUGGAGCCCCUAUCAGAGAUCGGCAGUUAUAAAUAAAGAGAUCGUACAGGAUCAGGCAUUCUCACGCCUGGCUGACACCGUUACUAUGUGGGUACUCGUCGCCUCUCUCAUAUUAGGCCUUCAGACUGUGUCUGGCCAGAGCACUAUAAGAUGGUGCGUAAUCUCCGCUCAAGAGAUGACCAAAUGUAACGCCAUGGCGCAGGCCUUCAACAGUGUGGCCAUCCGUCCGACUAUCCAAUGCGUCAGCGACGCGUCUGUGGAAGGAUGCGCGCAGAAGAUCGGGACAAACCAAGUAGAUGCCUUUUCAAUGAGCGCUAAGAAUAUCUACACAUUUGGGGAAGAAACUAACUUCAAAAUAGCUGCAGGAGAGACUUCUGCUGAUGGAGAGGGCACCACCUACUAUGCGGUUGCCGUGGUGAAGAAGACGAACCCGGACAUCAACAUCAACACACUGAAGGGCAGGAAGACGUGUCACACAGGGAAGGGACGUACUGCCGGCUGGAACAUGCCCCUGGGAUACCUCAUCGACCAGAGCAAGAUGUCUGUCAUGGGCUGUAACAUCCCACAGGGCGUGUCAGAUUUCUUUAAUGCCAGCUGUAUCCCUGGGUCACAGGGAGACCCUCCCUCCCUUUGCCAGCUGUGUAAAGGCAACAACGAUGGACAGUUCGUAUGUGACAACAGUGACAAGGAGAGAUACUACGCUUACAACGGGGCCUUCAGGUGUUUGGCUGAAGAUGCAGGAGAGGUGGCAUUUAUAAAGCACACCACAGUUAUGGAGAACACAGACGGAAACGGUGACCCUGCCUGGACCACUGGGCUGAAGUCUUCAGACUACGAGCUGUUGUGUAGAGACGGGACCAGGGCCCCUGUGAGAGAACACCGCCGGUGCCACCUGGUCAGGGUGCCAGCCAGGGGCAUCGUGGUUAGAUCUGACAUCAGUGGCACUGUGGUCUAUAACAUGCUGACAGAGGGACUGACGAAGUCAGGUUUCCCCAUCUUUCAGUCGGGCGAGUUAGGCGGCAAUUUGUUGUUCAGCGAUUCGUCCACAAAGUUCCUGCGGCCGGAGUAUGAUGAUCCUAAGGCGUGGAUGGGCUCCAUCUACUACAGCACUCUCAAAGCCAUGGACUGCGUCCCAGCGGAUAUUCCUCAGUCCCUGCGUUGGUGUGUGUUGUCCAGCGAUGAGCAGCAGAAGUGUGCAGACAUGGCCGAGGCCUUCAGUGCCAAGUCUCUGGUCCCCAGUAUCCAGUGUGUGAUGGGAUCUUCAGUGGACGACUGCAUGAAGAAGAUCCAGAAUAAAGAGGCAGAUGCCAUCACCCUGGACGGAGGUUACAUCUACACAGCAGGGAAAAGAUACGGCCUGGUGCCUGCUGCUGGGGAGAGCUACACAGGGGACAGGGAUGGCAGUAUCUACUAUGCUGUGGCAGUGGUGAAGAAGUCCAACAGUGACAUCACCACGCUGGAGAACCUGAGGGGGAAGAGCUCGUGUCACACUGGCUAUGGCCGUACGGCUGGCUGGAACAUCCCCAUGGGUCUGCUCAUAGAGAAAGGUCUCAUCAGACCUGCUCAGUGUCAGAUACCACAAGCCGCUGGAGGUUUCUUUAAGAACAGCUGUGUCCCUGGUGCCAAUCAGCCUGGUUUCCCUGGCAACCUGUGUGACCUGUGUGUGGGAGACAGCAAAGGGCAGAACAAGUGUGAGAAAGGCAAGGACCUGUAUGAUGGAUACGAUGGAGCGUUCAGGUGUUUGGCCACGGGAACUGGAGAGGUGGCCUUCAUCAAGCAUACCACUGUCUUCCAAAACACUGAUGGUAAUUCAGGUGAGUCGUGGGCCAUUGACCUGCAGUCUAAGGAUUUCCAGCUGCUGUGUCCCCAUGGCUCCAGGGCAGAGGUCACCCAGUACGCCCACUGUAACCUGGCCCGCGUCCCCUCCCACGCCGUUAUGGUACGGCCCGACACCAACAUCUACGCCCUCUAUGGCCUGCUGGACAAAGCACAGGAGUACUAUAGUAGUGACACAGGUUCAGCUUUCAAGAUGUUUGACUCAUCUAAGUACCAGGGCUCUGACCUCAUCUUCAAAGACUCCACUGUCAGCAUGAUCGGAGUGGCCGAGAGGAAGACCUAUGACAAGUGGCUGGGACAGGGCUACAUGGACUCACUUACCAACAUGGAGUGCAACUCCUCUGCUAAAGCACUGUCUUCUCUGCUCCUGGUGGCUCUGAUGAGCUCCAUCUUCCUCUGGGUGUAAGAAGCCAUGUUCCAGCCCCAACCCAGCCCCCUGUCCAAGUUCCAGCCCCCUGUCCAUGUUCCAGCCCCAACCCAGCCCCCCUGUCCAUGUUCCAGCCCCAACCCAGCCCCCCUGUCCAUGUUAAAGCCCCAACCCAGCCCCCCUGUCCAUGUUCCAGCCCCUUGUUCAUGAUCCAGCCCCCUGUCCAUGUUUCAGCCCCAACCCAGCCCCUUGUCCAUGUUCCAACCUCAACCCCUUGUCCAAGUUCCUGUCCAAGUUCCAACCCCAACCCAGCCCUCCUGUCCAUGUUCCUGUCCGUGUUCCAGCCCUAACCCUAAUCCAACCCCCAUCCAUGUUCCAGCCCUAACCCUAAUCCAACCCCUGUCCAUGUUCUAACCCUAAUCCAACCCUAACCCUAGUCCAUGUUCCAGCCCUAACCCUAAUCCAACCCUAACCCUAGUCCAUGUUCCAGCCCUAAUCCAACCCUAACCCUAGUCCAUGUUCCAGCCCCAACCCUAACCCCUAUCCCAGCCUGAACCCCUGUCCAAAUCCCUAGCCACAUUCCCAGCCUGAACCCCUGUCCAAAUCCCUAGCCACAUUCCCAGCCUGAACCCCUGUCCACAUUCCCAGCCUGAACCCCUGUCCAAAUCCCUAGCCACAUUCCCAGCCUGAACCCCUGUCCAAAUCCCUAGCCACAUUCCCAGCCUGAACCCCUGUCCAAAUCCCUAGCCACAUUCCCAGCCUGAACCCCUGUCCAAAACCCUAGCCAAAUUCCCAGUAGCAACACAAAACCUCUGUUUUCGUCCAGCCCCAUUCCUUACACCAGCCCCAGUAGCCACUCCCUCUGUAGGGAAUCUCUCCUCUUCUGCCAAAGCACCAGCAAUAACACUACACAUUACCACCCAGCACAUUACUACCCAGCACAUUACCACCCAGCACAUUACCACCCAGCACAUUACCACCCAGCACAUUACCACCCAGCACAUUACCACCCAGCGAACCGCAGCAGCAUUUCCUGUCAUGUUGGAAUCUUUAGAAGAUGAUGUCCGCAUCCCUUCCUGUAUCUGAUUCAUAGCUUAUGAUUGUACUUUAGAUUCAUAGCUUAUGAUUGUACUUUAGAUUCAUAGCUUAUGAUUGUACUUUAGAUUCAUAGCUUAUGAUUGUACUUUAUACUACUGUAUGUGUUGAUGCUAGGAUUUGUGAGGAAGGAUAACAUGUUGAAAAUACUAUUUGACUUGGGUCUAAAUUAUGGUUAUUGUUGUUGAGUCAGUGAGUCAAAGUGCUUAUUGAGUCAGUGAGUCAAGGUGCUUAUUGAGUCAGUGAGUCAAAGUGCUUAUUGAGUCAGUGAGUCAAGGUGCUUAUUGAGUCAGUGAGUCAAGGUGCUUAUUGAGUCAGUGAGUCAAAGUGCUUAUUGAGUCAAUGAGUCAAGGUGCUUAUUGAGUCAGUGAGUCAAAGUGCUUAUUGAGUCAGUGAGUCAAGGUGCUUAUUGAGCCUGUCUCUCAAUGGGGAGAAGAUCCUGUCUUCUUUGGUUGAGCUAUAGAGGAUGAAGUCCUUCCCAACCAGAGAUGACGAAGGAUUUGCUAUUAUGCUUACUAACGGUAACUGCCAUAUCAGUGAAUAUGCUUUUACCCGUUACAUACUUUACUAUGCAGUGUUCGUCUCUCCGCAAGGUGUGUGUUGCUUACACGGACUAUUGUGAGUACUACUUAUGAGCACAAGCCAUAUCUGGGAAUAUGGUGUGUUUUGCACAUUCUGCCUUUACUGUAUAAGCUAAUGCCAUAUCAGUGAAUAUGCUCUGCUUGUACUACAGGAUGUGUGUUGUGAAAUGUUUUGAAAAGAGUCCUAUAGGUUGGUGUUUUAUUCAUAUGUUCUCCCCAAAUCCUGGAAAGACAAACAUUAAAGCCAAGACAACUUGCUCACUAUCUGUAUUUAGGGGCUCGAUUCAAUCCGUAUCGCGGGAAGUUCAGCGUUACAGCGUGAAUAGAGGCCUAGAAGUUUCUAUUUGCUUGGCUGGUAAUCAAAUUCUACAAUAAGAAUGAUGUGAAUUAUAGCCUACUGAUAAAUAUGGAUUGGAAACCUGCUUGCACCUGAUAUGCACUUGUAUCGGUCAGAACUUUCAUUCUUUAUUUGGAGAGAACAUUGAACAAGCCAUCCUUGUUUUUGCUUUUGAAACUUAGGUGUACUUUGAUUUUAAAGUCAUGUGGAAUUUUGAAAAUUACAGAGUCAGGUUUAAAUUCUUAUAUUACAUUUCAAUGUUGUACACAUGAGCUAAACUCCAUCAUCUAUAACAAUAGUGAUUAUAAGGAAUGGAACUCUACCCAACUCUGAUCGAGUGCUUCUUGAUUCCUGCAUUGCCACCGUGACAGCGCAUAGUGUUCGUUUUAUUUUUGCUGCUCUCGUGCAAUUUUGUGUUCCUGUCCAGAAUAUCAGCUUGAUUUUUUUAUGUUUAUUUGAAUGAGAGAUAAGUUUAUAUGAUGCUCAGAUACCAUAUCAGUGUAUAUGUACAGAGUACUGACUCGUUUCUGUCAGAAACAAACGCUUGCCUUCAAAGUCAAAAGCAAUUUCUUCAAUGAAAUGAUAAACAUGUAACUAAUAUUUAGUUGCCAGGCCAGUGCGUCUGCGUAAGUAUUGCUACAAACUGCUUCUUUAAGAAUUCUCUGCUGUUCUUAUUAAAAAUCUGCAUAUGGAA